AUGGCCCAAAGUCUGCAAGAGGAGGUGACUUGUCCAGUUUGUCUGGAAAUUUUCUUCUGUCCCAUUUUACUCUCCUGUGAACACGUUUUCUGCUUUCAUUGCAUGCAAACAUGGCUGCUAGAACACUGGGAUCUGAAAUUGACUUGCCCUAUGUGUCGACGGGUAACGGAGAGCCCCCCUUUGGAGGAAUGGCAAAUCGGAGCACUAUCCCUUCUGGUCAGACAGCACAGUGGCCUACUGGUGAAAAGUCUGCAUGUGAGCAAAGAGUUGCUGAGGUUCCAGGAGGUUAUGACUCUGGAUGCAAGCACUGCUAACCCCUUCCUUGUCCUCUCUGAUGACCUAAGGAAUGUUUGGUGUGGGAAGAUCUGCCACAACCCAGUGAGAUCCCAGAGAUUCACCUACCUGACCUGUGUCCUGGGCACCCCCAUGUUCUCGUCUGGCUGCCAUUACUGGGAGGUCGAGGUGGGGGAGGGGAAGGAGUGGACGCUAGGGAUCUGCAAGGAGUCAGUCAACAGAAAGAGGAAAGGUGGUUUCUCUGCUGAGCAUGGCUUCUGGUUUAUCAGCAUGAAGGCAGGAACAAUCUGCAUCAACUCCAUCCCGGACACCAGAAUUCCUGCAAGCCCUGAACUUAGCCAUGUAGGGAUAUUUUUAGAUGUUGAGAUGGAAGAAAUCAAGUUUUUUGAUGUUAGAGAUAACGUCCUCAUCUAUACACACAGUCAUCUCUCAUGUUUGGAGCCUUUGCGUCCGUUCUUCUGUCCCGAGUUGCCUAGGGAAGGUGACAGGGGUGCCUCCCUGAAAAUCUGCUCAUGA